CUCUCCCACUGAUAUCCGUGGCUGCGUGCUUUGGUUGUGCAAAUCAUCCUCCUGACUACUUCGAGCAGUAAAGAAACGCCUAACACGAGCUACAUCACCGUGGUAAGGCUCCCAACACUCCGGUCACACGGUUCAGUUCCUCAGAACAGUCACGAGCCACUCGGUCGGUGUCCCUGGCGUUUGCGAAGCCCCCCCUCACCAGAAGUGGCCUCCCACCCAAGACGUCCACUUGACACUUUCCGCCGUCGAUCACAAGCCUACCAUCAGCCCAUUGCUCUCGGGCUUACAAGGAGAGGGCGGAGAGCACCUCAAAACCAAAGGUUGUGCGAGAAGAUCUCGGACGAGCAUUCAGCGAACAGAAGAAAAACUGCAGCUUGGUGGCGGCGGCGAGGAACAAACGCUCUCUGGCUUCAACGGCGUCGAAGUUGUAGCCAGAGACAGCUCUGAACAGCAUGGGUCUUACGUACAACGUCUACCUCGAUUCUGCUAAAAUAUUUGGCUGCAAGAACUGCAAGACACACCUGGCCGACUUUGACGACAUCAUUUCACGCAAUUUCCGAGGCCAGCAUGGCAAGGCCUUCCUAUUCUCCACCGUUGUCAACAUCAAGCAGGCUGAAGCCAUGGAACGCAAUAUGACCACCGGUAGACACAUUGUGAGGGAUAUCAAGUGCAAGCAGUGCGAUGAGACGGUGGGUUGGAAAUAUGAUAAGGCCUACGAGGCUGCAGAAAAGUACAAGGAGGGAAAAUUCAUCCUGGAAAGUGAGUUGCUUUGCACGGUGACCUGAAAGAAGGGCCAGGCCAUCGGUCCUAAGGAGCAUCUUGGGGGGGCCAUUGGAAGGGACUGGAGUUCUCUAAUCUUUGUGCCUGAAUAACACCCUUGGAGUCGACCAUCCUGUCAGUUUGAACUAGGACGUGUCAGUUCGGGUCUUUGGAUUUGGUAUAAGGGAUAUUGCGUUAGAGCAAUGAGCGAGCGAUACCGCUGCACUUCUCCGCGAAGGCCCAUCCAGAUGUGGGACGCACCCUUUGCGAUCGGGCAAUCCCGCCGACUUCCCACCUUGUUACUCUCGAUACUGAAGCCGGGCACUAUGGGAAUUGCUGCGCAGCAGUCUUUUUGAACAUCAAAUUGUUUCCGGCGGAACUCGAUUCCCGUCUCUGGUGGGGGAUAGAUAGAUCUCUGCCCGAAACAAUGCCAUUUGGGCCGCGCAUUCGGAAGCCGUUUUCGACCCUCCCAUUGGAUGCCUGUUUCUGAUGCUCAUUAGGCUCGACGGGUUUCUCUUCCACUGUCCAAUCUUUCCCUCUUCCAAGCUGUGCUCCC